AUGAAGGUUAAUACGCCGCGGACAGCGAUGAUGAUCGCAGUGUCUGUAGCACUGGUUGCUACGCAUACCGUGGUUAAAAGGGCUGCAGCAGAAAUGUGGUCCGUCAAAGACAUGUUUAACAACGCCGUUGAAAAGGUCACCAGUUAUGCAAUUAACGCCAGGACAAUACAGUACGUCGACGACAAGGAUUUUGGCCCGAAAGGAGAAAUGAUGCAAACGGUGGAACUCGCUCCGGGGCAGUCUAUUAAAUACAGCUGCGGGAAACACGGUACAGCAGCAAAAGGUACAUUCGCAUUGGUCCCCUCUGACCCACGCAAGCACAUUCUCGCACCUAAAGGAGAUGACCCCUUUGAGGUUGCACUGAAUAGGAUACAGCCAAGCUACAACGUAUACCGCUCCGACCGCUCGUUGAUAGUUGAAACGUUCCAACGAAUUGGCUUGGACCACCUGCUGAUCGACUACGCCGACAACGCCGUCAUCAUGGCAAAGGAUAACGAACGGUUCAGCAUGAACCUCCUAUGUGUAUUCGUACCGGCGGAUGUGAAUCUGGCGCCCAAGUAUGGGUGGCUUCAAAUCAAGUUCAAAGAGGUGCUCCCCAUGGCCUAUGGAUGUGGCAGUGCUGGGUUCCACUUGUUCAAAAACGCGAUACCGCUGCCUCCCAACCCAUCUGACGAGAGCAUCAUGGAGGCCUCUAGACGCAGGAUAGAGGCUGAACCUGGCAUGGUUAUUGGCAUAUACUGUGCGCCAAACGACCACAUUUACCCCAGCGACUGCUUUCGUAAAGUCAAGGCGAGAGACAAGAAGGGAGAAACAACCAACUAUUUCAGCGAUCCCGACUUUAAAUACCGAAAUCUAAAGGGAAACAUCCGACUCAUGAAGGUAAAGGCAGGAGCUAUGGGAUUCCCCGCUUUUACAUGCUACUGCAAAAAUGCAGAAAAUCAAACGACUGCGGCACUCACAGUAGCGAUGAGUCGCAAGGAAACAUGCGACUUCACGAAGCUGCUCGAAUUCUACGGUAUGCAGCACAUUAUACCCCGUUUCCUUUGCUAUAAGCGGCUUGGUCGAGGCAAAUCAGUGCGCCUUGUCGUCGAUAAGUCAGACGGAAUGAUUGACCAAAACCGCUUGGUAGGCGGGCUCACUCUUCACCCAGAGGAUGUCACCAACAUUACAUACCUAUCGAUGAAGUCACAAGAACGGAUGAAGAAGGUCCGUAUCGACCAUUUAAUUGGUAGCGCAGGAUUGCGCAUCACGCAGAGGGAAAACAAGGACAACUACAUCUACGACUUCGAUGUAACAGAUGACGCUAUUAUUGUGCUCAAACAGCCCGUAGCGAAUCUUACAUACGUAUACGAUUUCUACGACAGGUUCCAGGAUACUCCAAAAACCUUCACAACCCUCGUAUCGUUGCAAAUCGUUCCCACGGAUCCCUACACUCACGGAUGCGGUGUCGGUUAUUCUGGCUUGUUUAAUAACGAAGGGGUUGUUUUUGAAAAUACGCACGUCAAAACGGGCAAGACGGGCUACCACACCCAAGUGAACUGCACGGUCAACGGAUGGUCAACCUCUCCGGUUGGAUUCUACUGCCCAAAAGAUCAUAUACUGGAGCCUUCAGAUUGUUUCACCAGCAUAUUCCUGGGGUCUACUGAUCGUACAGCUAAAAUGGCUGAUUACGCGCCACUUGCUCGGGUGAUUAACGCACCAAACCUACGCGUUAUCGACUUUUCCGCGCCUAACACCUCUGAAUCCAAAAGCACGUACUCGGAUGCAGCCCUACAAUGCAGGUGUAAGACGAAGGACGGAACUAUAGUGGCGACAAUCACCGUUACUCUGAACAAGCCGCAGCAGCACUAG